UACAGAACUCUAAUCCCAAAGCAAUAACAUUUUAAUAUUUAUUUUGGAAAAAAAAAACAUUUCCAUCAACAAGAAAGCACAACACAAAAGCAAAGAACCGUUUCUCUUUCCCUCUCUCUCCCUCGAGAAGGUCAAAACCACCACACCAAACACCAUCCAAUCCAAUCCAAUAUCUCGUCGGAGCUUGUCCAAUUUCUAUUUUUGGGACUGUACUCUUUGUGCUAUUACCGAUCGCAGUGGCGACACUUCCUGUUUCCCGGUAACUUCCCGGUCGCCGUUUGGCUGAACAUUGUUUUGAUAGUUUGAUUUAUUAUGAAGAAUAACAGCAAGGGUAAGAAUAAUAGUAAGACCAACAGCAAUGGCUUUAUCCCGAAUUCUUUGAAAUUCAUUUCUUCUUGCAUUAAAACCGCCUCUUCCGGUGUCCGCUCUGCCAGCGCUUCUGUUGCCGCUUCUAUAUCCGGUGAUAAUCAAGACCACAAGGACCAGGUACUUUGGGCUUCUUUUGACCGACUAGAGCUUGGUCCAUCUUCCUUCAAACAUGUUCUCUUACUUGGGUACUCCAAUGGCUUUCAAGUCAUUGAUGUUGAAGAUGCUUCUGAUGUCAUUGAAGUUGUUUCAAAGCGUGAUGAUCCAGUUACAUUUUUACAGAUGCAGCCCCUCCCUGCCAAAUCUGAGGGCCGUGAAGGAUUCAGAGCAUCACAUCCUUUGCUUUUGGUUGUUUCUUGUGCUGAAUCAAAGAGCUCAGGUCCAAUGCUUAGUGGGAGAGAUGGGUUAGUCAGAGAUGGCUAUAAUGAGCCUCCAGUGGGAAACCUUUCCAUCUCUCCUACUACUGUGCGGUUUUACUCGCUAAGAUCCCAUAAUUAUGUUCAUUAUCUGAGAUUUCGUUCAACAGUGUUUAUGGUUAGAUGCAGUCCACAUAUAGUGGCUGUGGGCCUUGCAACACAAAUAUACUGUUUUGAUGCUCUGACUCUUGAGAACAAAUUCAGUGUCCUCACUUAUCCAGUCCCUCAGUUGGGAGGCCAAGGAACCAAUGGAGUUAAUAUUGGAUAUGGUCCAAUGGCUGUGGGUCCCAGGUGGUUAGCUUAUGCUUCUGACAAUCCGCUGGUGUCAAACAGUGGCCGCUUAAGUCCACAAAGUCUUACUCCUCCACUGGUUGUCAGUCCAUCGACUUCCCCAGGCAGUGGGAGUUUGAUGGCCCGUUAUGCCAUGGAAUCUAGUAAGCAGAUAGCUACUGGGUUAAUUAAUUUGGGUGACAUGGGCUACAAGACUCUGUCUAGAUAUUGUCAAGAUCUUAUCCCUGAUGGUUCUAGUUCUCCUGUAUAUUCAAAUUCAAGUUGGAAAGUUGGUCGGGGUGCAACACAUUCUGCAGAAACAGAUAAUGCUGGAAUGGUUGUUGUGAAAGAUUUUGUUUCAAAAGCUGUGGUAUCACAAUUUAGAGCUCAUACUAGUCCAAUUUCUGCUCUAUGUUUUGAUCCAAGUGGUACACUUUUGGUUACUGCCUCUGUUCAUGGGAACAACAUAAAUAUUUUCAGGAUUAUGCCAUCCUCCUCUCGCAGUGCAUCAGGCACUAAGAUCUAUGAUUGGAGCUCUUCUCAUGUGCAUCUUUAUAAGCUCCAUCGUGGCAUCACAUCAGCUGUGAUACAAGACAUUUGCUUUAGUCAUUAUAGUCAGUGGAUUGCCAUUGUUUCUUCCAGGGGCACUUGCCAUAUUUUUGUGCUCUCUCCUUUUGGUGGUGAGAAUGUUCUUCAAAUUCACAAUUCACAUGUUGAUGGGCCUAGCCUUUUACCAGUUUUAUCCUUGCCUUGGUGGUCCACUCCUUCAUUCAUGGUAAACCAGCAAUCUUUUUCUCCAUUGCCACCAUCACCUGUUACCCUGUCUGUGGUGAGCAGAAUAAAAAAUAAUAACACUGGCUGGCUCAACACAGUUAGCAAUGCUGCAUCUUCAGCAGCAGGAAAGAGCUCAGUUCCUUCCGGUGCUAUUGCUGCUGUUUUUCAUAGUUGUGUUGCUCGAGAUUUGCAACCUUCUCACUUGAAAAAUGUUAAUGCUUUGGACCACUUAUUGGUUUACACUCCUUGUGGCCAUCUAGUUCAAUACAAAUUGCUGUCAUCAGGAGGGGGAGAGUCGAGUGAAGUUUCUUCAAGAAUUGGACAAGGUUCUUCGGUGCAGAUACAAAAUGAGGAAUUACGAGUGAAUGUUGAAUCUGUUCAGUGGUGGGAUGUUUGCCGAAGAGCAGAUUGGUCGGAAAGAGAGGAAUGUAUAUCUGGAAUUACUCUAGGCAGGCAAGAAACUACAAACACGUCCAUGGAAACUUCUGAUUGCGAAGAUAAUGAUAGUGAGCAUGUGGAAUCAUUAAAGUCCCAUGAUCCAUCUCACUUGUAUCUUUCCAAUGCAGAGGUACAGAUGAGCUCAUGGAGGAUGCCACUUUGGCAGAAAUCUAAGAUGUAUUUCUGCGAGAUAAAUCAUCUUGAAGCUGCAGAACAGAAUGUCAUUGGAGAUCAUGCUGGUGGAGAGAUUGAAGUAGAGAAGGUUCCCAUUCAAGAGGUUGAAAUUAGGCGGAAGGAUUUAUUACCUGUUUUUGACCAUUUCCACAGAACUUUCUCUACUUGGAAUCACAGGGGCCAUAGCAGUGAAAGAUACUCACCUUCAUCUGCUGGUUCUCAAGAAGUUAAAGACUCAGAAGAUGCUGUUAUUUCCCACUCUGAGUCAGUUUCAAGUGGCUCAGUUGCAAAUUCUGAUGGUGGAUCAUCAACAAAGUUUUAUCCACUCAUUCUCCAAUCUAGUAAUAAUACUGUUAGCAAAGGAGAGAUUUCCGUUUCGGCAUUGCCCAUCCAGUAUAAAAGUUCUAUUAACCAAGAUAGCAAUUCAAUUUCUUUUGAACAAUCUCAAAUGGGUAUAUCCCCUGAGGAUAGUAAUUCUAUGGAUAGUAAUGUAGCAUCUGUAACGAAUGGCUUUCCUUCUGCUGGAAGAACAAUUGCAAAAAUUCAGUCAUCAAACAGUGUUGUGACAAGUGAAGCUUCAAACACAAGCUCCAACCGUUCUGACUUGAGUAUGAACAUUAUAGAUGAAGGGCCAACUAAUGAUUCAUUGGAUUUUGAGCAGUUUUUUCAAGAGGGUUACUGUAAAGUGUCAUCCUUAAGUGAGUUUCAUGAAUCAGCAGAAGUCAGUUUUGUGGACAACAACAUCAGUCCUGGUGAUUUAGAAAAAUCUGAAGAAGAUGGUGACAAUGAUGAUAUGCUUGGAGGUGUUUUUGCUUUCUCUGAGGAAGGUUGAUGUGUGUCUCCCAUUUUCAAGUUCUGCUGAAUUAAUUGCACCUUCUGUUUCAUUCAAUUUAUUAUUAUGCAAAGUCUGCUCCAGCCUAACGGAGGGUUAGAUGCUAAUUGAUAAAAGUUGCAGGUAAUAUCCCCUCAACGUUCCAUUGAGAAUGUUACUGACUGAUUAAUACAAGAUCACUGCCAGUGCAAAUAAUGCCUGGCUUUUUCUCCCUUUCUAAAUCUGAUGUACAUGCUGUAAAUUGAUAUUCAUAAUAACAAUGAUUUGUGUGGAAGGUUCGUUCUGUGCUUUGUAUUCAUUCUUCAAAGAAAAAGAAAAUAGAAUAAAAAAAAUUGAAAGAUGUUACUAUUCCUACA